AUGUUUGUUUCUUCCGAUAUUAUUAUGACAAACGUAAACUAAGUACAGCACGUGCAAAUGGUCACACUCUAAACUUAAAACCGCUAAUUCUAAGCGAAAUGAUUCGAAACUAAUUGAUUUUAAAUCACGUUUACUCAGCAACCGUGCAGAGUUUUUAAUCAACAAAAUCUCUUAACUGACAGGUCAAUCCAUUUCAUUUAAUAAAUAAUACACUUGUCUAUACAGAUGUACUAUGUACGAAACGCACACGUGUAAACGAAGGUGUUCGUUCCAGUCUCAAAUAAUUAAUUAUGUUUAAGUGAUAUAAAAAUAAUGUUAAAGUGGUCAAGAUAUCAACACAGUAUUCGAUAUACGAGCUUUGUACGGUGAUUAGAAAUAGCAGUGCAUAGUUGGAAAAUUUAGUAUUACUGGUAGUAUGACGUGGAGUUAGAGUAGGUUAAGUACAACGUGAAGAUUCUCAAUCGAAUCAUACUGAAAUAUUAAUAAAAAAGUAAUUUAGGAAUUCGUACGAAUUAAUCGUGAACUGUGAACGAUGUUCGAAGUGACAGAUACGCAAAAGAUCGGAGUGGGUCUCGUCGGGUUUGGAAUUUCAUUCCUCUUCCUUGGCAUCUUAUUAAUCUUUGAUAAAGGUCUUCUGGCUAUUGGAAACAUUUUGUUCUUAAGUGGAUUAGGAUGCGUGAUCGGGCCAAAGAAAACUUUAAGCUUCUUCUUCCAAAGGCAUAAAAUAAAAGCCAGUGUUUCCUUCUUAGGAGGCAUUAUCGUGGUACUCAUGGGUUGGCCUAUUGUAGGCAUGAUCGUAGAAACCUAUGGUUUUAUAUUAUUAUUCAGUGGUUUUCUACCAGUUGCAAUUAAUGUAUUGCGUAAGGUACCUGGUUUAAGGCUCGUAUCAAACUUGCCGGGGAUCUCCAGAGUCCUAAAUUCAAUUGCAGGAGAUCCUAAUAGGACGACUGUAUGAUGGUUUUUUGACGUGAUCGCUCAAAACAAUGUACAUACAUAAGAUCUACUAUUUUAUAUUAUGCCCCCAGUUUCCCUGUCAUUCCUGUGUGGAAUUUCACAGAUCUCUUUUUAUACAAUGUAUACAAUCGACAAAGUUCAACUACCCCUCAUUCAUUCAAAAUUUCAUAUGAAACAAGACAACUGUAUUAUAGUACUAUAAAAUGUUUCUAUGAGCAUUCCAAAAUAACUAAACAGGAUUCAAAAUUUGACGAGUAAUAUAUUGAUUUGUUAUGUAAUAUUAAAUUAAUGAUAUUAAUAGUAGGUUUUCUCCUUCUUGCUUGGGACUAUUUGUUGUAACAUAAUUGUACGAUCUGUAACGCAUCUGUCACAUCAUCAUUCUUGAAGGAAAAUAUAAUUUAUAUAUAUUAUAUAGGUAAUGAAAUAAAGUAAAUGGAAUUAUAUGCUUUCGGUGUUUCGAAAUAAAUACCAGUAGAGAUUUUA